CGGCGCGUCCUUGGUUAUUCUAUCGCGUCGUAUAUUUUUGGCAGCUAGCGGGAGUCGGUUGAUCUGCUGACCGAACGAAGGAAUGCGAAUGAGACGUUAGCACGUCGCGGCAAGCCGACUCGACGUGUGCGUGCUCAUUUGAGGUCCAUUCUCUUCUCGUUUCUUCCCGCGCGACAAUCUCGGGACUCGCGCGCCGUAGAACGGAAAGAGAGAUCGCUCAGGACACCGGUACAAGUCGACGCGAGUUUCUCCUCGUGAGAAACGGACGGUCGUGGUCGUGCCGUCGGGUGGGGAAAAUCGAUAGGAAAAGGCGAGUUCAAAGCGCGAGGGAGAGUAACACACGACGGGUCAUUAACGCUCCCCCGAUGCGCGGACGGCUCGGCGAUCGUUCUCGCGUGCCUCGUCCGGGAUCGCCGACAGUGAGAACGACGACGACGACGGCAAUGUCGGUGUGGUGGAGGUGCCGUGAGGGUCCCGCCGUCGCGUUCCGAUGAGGGCCGCGGGGGAGAGCGUUCGCGUCGCAUGCCGAGCGGUAACAGCUGCGUGCGGUGUCGCGUAGGAAGAUGCCGAGGGUAUCCGUCGGCGGCUCUUGACGGCUCGUUAAGUCGAGGGCGAGGCGACGCGACGUGGCGCGGAAACCUACGGGAUCGUCGGUGGAAACUGCCGUCCGACGGCUCUCGGAGAAUGACGUCGGCCCCGCGACGCGAACGGCUGAACGCGCGCGUUCUGCGCGCGCUCGGCGUUCUGUUUUGCCUGCUGCUUUUGUGGCUGCCGGAUUGCGCGCACUCCACGCACAUCACCGGCACGUUCAACACGCGUGAGUUCUUCCGUUUCCUGAUAAAGUUCGGCUUCCAGAAGACGGACCGUCACCGGCAGCGGGACUCGUACGGCUACAUAUUCGGCAACGUGACCGCGAGAGCGGACUUCGACGUGCCGAUCACGCUGGCGAUACUCGACCGCGGCCACUUCCUCGAGUACUAUGGCAAUCGCACGAGGACGGACAAACACGCCGCGUGCGCUUACAUGUUCAACACGCUGAAGAAGAGUUCCUAUGAUCCGCACUGUAACGAGGAGGGUCAAGAUUUCUUGAGGCGAGUGCCGUGUCCUAGGGACCAGCUGUGUCCGGACGAGGACUCGGUGUGGAAUAUCGUCAAGGGACAUCAGUUCACGUACGUUAUACAGGAUUUCUGGCAGCCGCGCUUCUGGUACAUGAGCCUGGUCGCGUGCUACAGGAACAAGACGACUUGUCAGUGGGAGUAUUACAGCAAGCACGACGAGCUGGAGUACGAUAUCUGGCUGGUAAACGGCAACCCGAACAUCAGUGGCCUAAACAGCUUGACUUACCAGUUCUCCUACGACAGGCAGAACACCAUCGAACUGUACUUAUUGUUUUUCCUGUGUUACAUCAUACUGGUGCCGCUGCAGUUGUACGCAGUGAGAUUACAAAAGCAUCCUGUGACGAGAUUGUUCACCGCCAGUCUAUUAUUAGAAUUCGUGGCAGUAUGCCUGAUCCUGAUACACGUGUUGAAAUUCGCACUAGACGGGGUGGGCUACGAGCAAUUGGAAGUCGCAGGUGAUAUUUUUGAUAUCCUGUCACGGACGUCUUUUAUGUUACUAUUGCUCUUACUUGCCAAAGGAUGGGCAGUAACGAGGAUGGAAUUAACGUGGAAGCCACUGGUGUUUGCGAUAUGGUUUUGUUACGGGGUCGUUCACAUCUUGCUGUAUGUAUGGAACAUGACGGAAGUCGACAUUAUCGAAGACAUAGACGAGUAUCAAACUUGGCCGGGAUGGUUCAUAUUGUUAUUCCGAAGUGCCAUAAUGAUAUGGUUUCUGUACGAACUUCGAAACACCAUGACAUACGAGCAUAAUACUCAAAAACUGAACUUUCUCCUGCACUUUGGUGCAUCGUCAUUAGUUUGGUUUAUAUAUUUACCGAUUAUAGCACUUAUUGCACUCCAAGUAAGUGCACUGUGGAGGUUCAAGCUGUUAUUAGGUAUAACAUACUCGGCGGACUGUUUCGCUUAUUGUGUAAUGGCCCAUUUAUUAUGGCCGACCAGAAGCGAACAAUACUUUUUACUUGCGCAAGGUGCGGAUAACGGUGACGAACUAGAUGAAUUUAACGAAGCACCACAUGUAUUAAAUAAUUACGUAGAACCGGAACUCAGUAAAAUAAUAACUUAAUUGACUUGCGUCCAUUGGAGGUACGACAUUAUACUGAUAAAAUAAAUGCGCGCGUUUUUAAUUACGAACGAUGUGAUGUACAUUUGCCAAAUGGUCAGUUUGAUAGAACGAGUAAUACUCUGACGUGUGCCGUUGAACUGAAACUAAAAUAUCGUGCACAUACUCUACUAAUUAGAGGUACAUUAAUCAUCAAAAAAAUUCGGCAUGUGAUAUAAAUUAAUGGACGAUAGAUGUAACUGAUGAGUAUGAUAUGAGUAUGAGUUGCCAAGUACUUGCUAUGAAUAAAUUUUUAUUUGAUGCAUGGAACAGCCAGAUAUUAAUAUUGUUAUUAUUAUAUUACAAUAUUAAUAUUGUUCUUAGUAACUUCACAUGUACAAAACGGACAAGUUACUCAACACUCAUUCACAAAAAACGACAUGGAUUUUGAUAAUAUUAACAAGUAUUUUUACAUAACAUUAUAAUAUUUGAACAAACAAGUGAUUUUGAUUAUGUCAGGACAUAAAAGUUAAUGAGGUAUAUAAUGAUUACAUGUAAUCUUUCCAAAUUACAUAUUUGGAAAUUCAUUUCCAAAUAUAUAAUUGUUUGAUAAUUUUUUGUUUUUACUUACUCAUAUCAUAUUCACAAAUUUUGAAUCUAACAUAUUAAUUUUCGCUUAUAUCUCAGUAUAAAAAGUCCAGUAUAAAAACAUCUACCUAUAAUAUUAUACAUAUUAUGUAUGUGUAAGAAUCGAAAUGUCAUAAGAUACACAUUUUUAACGCCAUUAUUAAUUCGUCGCUACGUCUUGUAAUUAUUCCACGUCUAUUUCACACGAGGCGUAUUAUGAUGUGCGCUUGACUAAGAACGAAAAAUAAAAACAUUUAUGUAACUUUCUUAAAAGGAUCUAAUUUUAGUUGAGUGAUGUAAAGUAGCAUAUGUGGCAGCUAUGUAUAAAAUUAUACUGAUUUUACACUAGCGGACUUGUGUAUAGCAAUAUGGAGUGCUUCAGAAACAUGGAACAAUUGGAAAGAUGGACGUCUUUUUAAUUAUAACUUGUUUGCUAAAUUUAUACCGAGGCAUCUGUGUAGACGAGCUGUGAAAGAAACUGGUGCAUGAUAUUUUGAAAAUUGUUAUACGUUAUCGUUUUACUUUACUUUUAUACAAAAAAACUUAAUAAUAAUAUUUAAUCUAUCUCUAACUCUAACUCAUUAUCAAAUGUAUAUUUUUUAAACGAUAUCUUUCUUGUAUUAGAAGAAGUAUUUAUAUGUAAUAAUGAAUAUUUAUGGGAUUUUUUCAAAUAAUUCUAUGUAUUGAUUGAGUUGUUAGAUAAAAAAUAUAUAUAAAAAAAGAUAAAGGAAUGAAGAGAUGAAAGUGAGAAGGACUUGAUAUACGAGUUUACGCUAACUAAUAAGUGCGCGUUUUCUUGUCACACUAUUAUUGCUCAAUCUUGUAAUAACUUAGAUAUAAUAUAGUUGUAUAUAAAUUUUCUCUUGGAAAUAUUUUAAUGCUCAGCAUAUAGUAUAUAUAUAUAUAUAUGUGUGUGUAUACAUUAUGAGAUUGAUAAAGUCUUCAUGACACAUUUGUAUUUCCGACACCUAUUGAGUGAAAGCAGUUUUAAUAUAUCUUUCUUUCUUUCAAGAUUAUUUAACAGUUUGUGUUUAGAACUUAUAAACAUAUUUUCUAACUUGUAAACAUAUUUUUUGAGGACUACACAUUUGAAUAUAUGUUAUAUGAAUUGUGCUUGUAUAGAUACUGAUGUAGUGCAUAUGUAUGUAUAUAGUUUACUUCCAAAAAGUAUGCACGUCUUCAAAUGUGUUUUGAAAUGCUUUUUAUAGAUAAAUGGAAAAGAUAGUAUUAUAGCCGAUAUUAUUUUAGUACAGUAAAAUUGUUGUUAUAUUGUACCAUUUUAACAGUUGUGAACAGCACAAUAUCUUGUUUAAUUUUGUUAAAUUAGAUAAUAUAUUUUAAAAUUUAAUUAUGUUGAUAGCAAUUGUUUUGCGUAUCUAAUUUAAGUUUCCGACACAUCUACAAUUAUGCAGAUUUUUGGUAAAAGAAAUACAUGAUUUAAAUUGCAAUUGAAAA